AUGACUAUUACUCUUGACGACGUCAGGGGUCUUUUGAGCAUCCCGUGUACUGGAGAGUUUUUCACACCUCCUGCAAAUGUCAAUGAAGAUUUGGCAAUUGCUGCUGCUGUUGAGUUGUUGGGGAAACUUCAUGAACGAAGAUAUGACUGUGCAGCUAGGGCAUAUCUACUUCAUUUGGUAGGAUGUACCAUUCUUGUGGAUAAAAGUUUUACACUUGUAUCUGCAAAAUAUCUCUUUCUAUUUCAAGAUCUUGAUAGUUGCGGUAAAUGGGCAUGGGGACCGGCUGCACUUGUUGUGUUAUAUGACUAUCUUAGAGAUAGUACAUUGCCUGCAACCAAACAGAUUGGAGGAUAUUUGUCUUUAUUUCAGACUUGGAUUUAUGAACAUUUCCCUGAUAUUUGUAAACGGGAUAUGGAUGAGCAUAUUUCCUCGAUGCCACGGAUGUUUCGUUGGACGGCAAAACAAACAUCUGGGAAUGUGGCAUAUUACAGGGCAAAGUUGGAUGCUUUGAGGGAUACGGAUAUUAUCUGGGCACCAGAUUACGAUCAGAACGCUGUGACACGAUUUCAGUCUGUGUCAUUAUUUACAGGAUACAUUCGUUGGUGUUUCACGAUGGUUCCGUAUUUACCUGAGAGGUGCAUACGGCAGUUUGGGUAUACUCAACACAUUCCUCCUACACCACCGAUGCUUGUUGCACGUGAUGUCGACGUUGAAUGGAGUAUGUACCGGAAUUCUGUACGAUCACUUCGAGCUAGAUUGCAUCCAGCUGCAUAUCCACAUGAGUGUGUUGAGGGAUACAUCCAGUGGUAUUAUAGGAUAUCUCAUCCUCGGAUGAUCCCUUAUGUUGCUGCAUAUGCUGGUCCUAGUUAUGAUGCUGAUGCUGGUCCUAGUCAUGAUGCUGAUGCUGGUCCUAGUCAUGAUGCUGGUCCCGAUACUAGUUGUACACGGUGUCACGCAGUUGGUGGUCUUAUACAGCAGAGUUUAGAUUUGCAUAUGGGUGGUCCUGAAGAUGAGAUGCGUGUCUUAUUGGAGAGAGCUUUAUAUAUUUCUAGAGGAGGAGAUUAUCAGUAGUAUCAUAGUUGUAUUAUUCAGACUUAUUUUAUUAUUCGUGGGUUAUUUGUUAUUCAGACUUAUUGUAUUAGCGACUUAUUCAGACUUAUUUAUUAGCGAUUUAUAUA